UUAGCCCUGGAUAACUUGUGGAUCGACAAGGGAACUCUGAGUUACUUGCACGGGAAAUCCAAAACCGUGCAAGGCAACUUUGAGCGCACAAGAACGAGGCUUGUCUCAGGGAACCUAACAGGUAUCACCAAGCUCUUAUGCAUAUUACUAGACAGACCAGAGGACUCUCCAAAACAAUACAAGAUUUUGAUGAUAGAUAGAUUCUGGGCGGAUGGAUGAAUGAAGAGCACCACGUCAUCUGUAUAGAGAGAGACUCGAUGACCAGAGUCCAGACCCACCAGACCCUUCUCCUCUAGUUAACCCUACCUCACCGCCGGCCAUGGCCUCCGAGGCGGCAGCCGGAGAAGCGUCCACCUCGGAGCCCGCGGCAAAGGAGAAGCCUAUCGUCGUCCGGGUCAAGCGCAAGCCCUCGCAAACCCGUCCAGACGCGUUCUGGCUGGAGAUUAAUGAGAGGCCGGUGAAGAAGGCGAUGCUCGACUUAUCCAGCCUUUCCAUCUCCGAACCCUCCUCCUCCGCCGCCGGUGCUAAAGCUUCAGAGGAACCACGAGUUAGGAAGAUUCUAGUCCAACACAUUGAGACAGUACACCAUUCCGAAGCUGUUGAAGAUGUUUUGCAUUCUCUUUUGCUUGCUGACUCAAAUACCCAAGAGAUAAAGAGCAAGAGAAAGGAGUGGAAUGACAGAAUCAAGCAAGACAAAAAACAAGACCAGCUACGAUCAGCAGCCAGACAACAGCAUGAGGAUCUGGGAAGAAAUGCUCGCUUUGCACAAAUAUGGAGGAGUCGGAAAGGAGAAAAGAACGAAGUUGAUGAAUCACUGAGAGAAAUAUGCCAUCUUUAUGAUGCUGCCCAAGUAGACCCUGAUGAAGAGAAGCACCCGGCAGAACCACGGAUUAUCUCUUUUGAAGAGGGUGCUGUUUUAUGCAACUUUCUUCCGCUUAUACGGGAGUACUUGCCAUCAGCUGCUGAAGAAAUUGAAUCAGAUAUUAUUUCACUGGCAUCGUCAGAAGAUUCAGAAGUUUAUGACAUAUAUACUGUUAAGGAGGUGGAUGAUACAAAUAUGGAUGACACAUCAGCAGCUUCAUUUCCACUGUUACAAGUGGCUGAUGAUGAAGAUGAAUGCUACGAUGAUGACUAUCCAUAUGAUACAGAUGAUUCAAAUGCCGAAGAUAAUCCAGUAUUCGAUUAUCCUGAAGAGCUGUCGGAGAGUGAAGGUGAUGGUAGAGACGGUGAGGAUUCUUUUGGGGACAUGGAAGGUUCUGAUUCGGAUUACGAGAAGGAAGAAGUAGAGGUGGAAGAAGAUGAGUAGUGGCGAUAGGAAAUUGUGAUGAAGCCGCACAGUAGUAAAUGAAAGCUGAAUGUAAUGUUUGACGAUGUGAUAGGUUCAGCAGCAGAUUAAUGGAUCUUUCUGUUGCUCAUGCUGGAAGAGGAAUGUACUGCUCAACCUUGUUUGUCAGUUUGUAUAGAACGUAAGUGUAUGAUGAGAGGGAAUUGGGAAGUGUCGGCUAGUCGCCCUCGCUGUUUGGCUGGA